AUGGCUGACAUUUUUCCUUCACGUUCAAAAAUUGCAGUUGUCUUAGAUUUAUUUGCUGUUUGGUUUCUCUUUCAGCGUGAGUGCAUAUCUCUGCAUAUUGGUCAAGCUGGCGUUCAAAUCGGCAACGCUUGCUGGGAGCUGUAUUGCCUUGAACACGGCAUUUUGGCAGAUGGCCAGAUGAACGAUACUUCAGCUGAAGUGCUAGAUGAUUCAUUCAACACAUUUUUCAACGAGACGGUGUCUGGAAAAUUCGUUCCUCGGUCAAUUUUCAUCGAUUUGGAGCCGACUGUCGUGGCAGUAGCACCGGCUCCAAAAGAACACAAAGGAACCAACUGGUACAUCACCACAGCGGCCACGGUCCUGAUACUGCUAUCUGUCGUAGCCCUUUGCGUUUACGCACCUUGUGGCUGCCUGUGGAAGCGCCACCGAAGCGAAUCUGAUGUCAAUUGUCCCAUCACAGCUUCACAGAAACGGAAGUGCAGCGUAUGCUAUCUGCGCAGCAUUGCAGCCACCAACAAAAUUACGUCUGAGGAAAGACCACAACAUGUGAGUGUUACCAUGGCUACCAAUGACAACUACCACCGUCAGAGUUUAGGAAACUCCUCUAUGCAGUAUAUGUCGGCAAAUGCCACACAACAAUCUGGGAAACUAAAACAAGCCAAGAGCAAAGUAUCAAACUUGUUUACAGGAAGUCAAGUAGGCCGUUUGGGCGAGCCUGUAAGAUACCGCUAUAAGCCACUGAAAAAUCCGGAAGAAAGAAAAUCGUGGAGUUACGAGCCCGAAUGGACGAGCAUUGGUGCUUUCUUGAACAAAAGCCCUAAAUCUGGCAGUUACGGAAGCAUAAAGGAUUCAGAAGGGAAGUUUGUGGACCGCUAUGGUAGACGAUCACGUGACUCGCUUGAUGCCGGGGACGAGGUUGUGGAAUACGCCCUGAGGCUCCGCCCACGGAGACGUCAGGUCAUAGAGCUGCAAGAGUUUCCCCCGGGAUAUUCGAAGAGUUACAUGGACGUCGAUUUGGAAUCUGACCCCGGGGUUGUGUUUGAUCCCAACCGGGAUCAGCUUCAUAGAAAGAAUAGAAAGAAGUCUUGGGUUUCCGAACGGUUGACUUCCGAGUCAGACUUAAGAAAGUUUUCUCUCACUGAUAAACUAGGGAAUUACGACGAGUCAGAAGAUCUGUUUAAUACUGCAAAGCCACGAAAGAGCAGCUUAAAGAUGGGAACGACGCGAGGAAAAGCAAAGCCUAAGGUGGUGCAUUUCUUUCCUUCGACUUUCAACUUCGAGGCACAAUUUGUUCAAAUUCCACCUAAGAACAAAAUGGCGGAGCCUGAAAUGGUAGUAUUUGAGAGGCAUUUCAAUAUUUCUUAUUGCGAAUCCAAGAAAAACUCUAAGGUUGUUGAUUCUGAAAUCACGCAAGAAUCAAGGCUUGACAAUGCAAAAGCUGGUAGCAGUGAAUCGAUUGGACUACCCGGAAACAAAAGAAAUGACUUCGCCUUUAGUAGUAGCAAAGAACACGCUGUUGAUUGCGACAUCCCAAGUCCCUCGAUGGACGUCACAAGGGACGAAACUUUUAUACCGUCACGUGACUGUACUGGUUCAUAUUUCAAUAACGGCUGUAGAUCUUCCACGGACGUUUUGCCAGGUUCCAAAGAAAUACUCCCCGUAGAUAUGGGAUCCCAAGCUUUUCAAGAAAAAGGGAAGAAGAAAGGCCCCAAGAAUUUUGACACGUUGUCAAGUCCUUUUAUAGAUCUUUGUAAAAAUGACCUGAAUUACAAACCUGAACCAUUGGCUGGAUUGCUCUCUCCUGUUAGGAAAGUGGCCCACAAGAGAGGAACCAGCGAUAAGGGCACAGUGACGUCUCAGGCCGUGGGGGACUUGGUUUGUGUUAAGUCAUACGUACAACCGCUGAGCACCUCUAAAUAUGCAGCGCCUUAUGGAGACAGCAUUUAUCAGCCUCAACCAGGUGAUACAAGGAAAUUUAAAUCAAGCCAAUCACAAAGCAGAUUUGAAAAUGACGUCUGCGGCAUGGACAAAACGUCAAUUUAUGAGCCGCUGCAGCGUUUUCCAGAGAAAGAAACGAAUGAAGAAAGCUGAGGCAAAAUGGCAAAACCUGACCUAAAAAUCUAGUAAUGAGAACGUUCACGAGAAAAAUGACUCAACAAUCCCUCUACUUUUCAAGUUAGACUACGAGAAGUCCUUCUUUCGCUUAGUUCGUCGAGCGUGGCCUGAAAUAACCUGCGAGGUAAAAAAUGGCCGUGUGAAAUCCUGGGGCGGGCGGAGGGAACGCGCAGGGCCGUUUUUUCGCGGUUUUCUUUCGCGCCGCGCACGACGGACUGAACAAAAGAGGGACUACUAGUAGUCUAUUUUCGAGGUUUAUCAGCGUAAAAGUUCUCCUGAUAUUCGAAACAUAAUUUCUCUCGACUACUGCAGCUAUAGGAAAUCCAUGGAGACUUGUUUGUUGACUUUCACGUGACAUAGCGUGGAACCCCAACUUAAUGAGACCCUUUAUAGGAAUGUCCCACAAAAUGAAAGAUAUUCUUCUGCUCGACCAAAUUUUAAAAAACUGAGUAGACUGUAUGAAACCUAGCAUAAUGAGAUGCCGUUUUAACAAAGACAUUUUCCCCGUUCCUUGAAGAUUUGUUUUAUCGGGGUUUCAUCAUGCAUUGUACUUUGUGCAACUUCGGUUGUUUCACUAACUAGACUACAGAGCUCGCGAAUAAAUUUCCGUAGGGCGGUAAAAAUGGGAGGGUGGGGAAUGAUAGUGGUGGCGAUAGUGAGGUGGGGGGACGGGUGGGGAGAGGCACAGAUAACGUUUCACGGAAAAUAAAACGACAAUUUCACGUUUUAUUCCGCCAUUGUCAGUUCACGAUCUUCAGGACGUAAAAACAAAUCGGCCACCUUUCACGGAAACUAAGUACUCGAUACUCGUAAAACAGAUAAUCAAUCAUUUCUUACAAAAAGGAUAUAAUUCAUGGCUCAUGAAAAUACCCGUACCAUUAUUACUGCUUUUUUGCAUAAAAGACUUGUUUUAAAAGCAGAUAAUUUUUUAAAUAUUAUUUUGAAUACAACUUUUUGUUAUUUGCUGAAUAAAUUUCCGUUAUUUACUUAA